UGGAACGUAUAACAUGUUUCUCAAACUGUUAAAUUUGACGCAGGAUCGUGUUUAUGCAGGGAAUGUGCAGAAAGGGGUGGAUAAAUUUCAGGCUAAAAAGAGACUGGGGAGGAGAGUAGCAUGGGUGUGCGUUAAAAGAGGCUAACUAGAGGCAGAGGGGCUGGCAGACAAAAAGUGGGAGAUGUGGACGAGGAGGGGGAGGCGGUGCUAAGGCAGACAGCAGGGAAGGAAAGCUGAGAAGAGGAACAGUUGAGUAAAGUGAAAGGAGAGGACAAGGAGAGGGCAGGACAGAAGAAUAAAGGGGGGAGCUUCCAUUUGAAAGUCCUUGUUCCAGGAUAUGAAGUCCUGGAGCGGUAAAGAGGCAACAGCAGGAAACUGGAAUGUGGUUGUGAAGAGGUAGACAGACAAACGGGAGACACAGAGGAGAAAAAUCUCAGUUGAGAUUUGUAGGGAUAUUUUUUUUCCAAAUUCUUUUUCCCAAGAGACAAAGAGAAGUGGAUACAGCAAUGCAGGGCUCUAACCAGGUGUGGGGUGUAUCUGAAACGGCCAGGUUGCCAUGGCUCUGGUUCAGGCCCUACCUGUGAGCGACCAUCCCAAUCCAGGUGUUGACAUCCAGCAGUGCCGACCGUUGUCACCCCACUCCCCUUCCAGUCCCUGCUCCGGCCCCUGUGGGUCGUGCAGUUCUGAACCAACCAUGGGCUCCGUCAGUUCCCUCAUAUCGGGCCGCACGUACCAGGAGAGGCACUGUAGAGCCGCCAGCGAAUUCAAUAUCAAACCGCGGCGCUCCACUCCGGCUACCAACUGUUUCAGGAUUCAGGAUAAAACCCUUCGCAGUGGGAGCUCUCUUGAACAACUGCUGGUCGUCAGCAACCAAACGCAGCCUCAAGCUCAGGUUCUGCCUCCACCAUUGCCCACCAAGAAGCAGCCCCGGCCUGGAAACACUGCCAGCGCCGGUGGAGCGGUCACUGGAGCAACAAGCGGAGCCUCUAAUGGGAAUUUUGGAUAUGUAAGCGACAAAGUUGUGGUUGAAGACUGGAAUGACAACUUGAUGCUCAGAACUACAAGCCCCUGCAGUGACCUCGAGGACCAAAAGGACAACAGGACUUUGAACGGGAACAUUAGUGGACCUCCUCCUAAACUCGUCCCGGUGUCUGGACAAUUGGAGAAGAAUAUGGAGAAAGUGCUGAUCCGCCCGACGGCGUUCAAGCCUGUCGUUCCCAAGAACCGUCACUCAGUGCAGUACUUGACCCUUCGGGCAGGGGGCAGCAAUCUGUCCGAGAGUCAGGCCAGCAUCAACCUCCUGCUGCCCCUCGCCGGAUCCAACGGUGCCAACAGCACAAGUGGAAACAGCGGUGGCUGCAGUGCCAGCUCUGAAGGCAAGCACAAUUCCUUCACUGGAGGCCGCAACGCUCGCAGCAGCCAGUCCUGCUCCAUGUCCGAUUCAGGGAGGAACUCCCUCUCCAGCCUCCCCACUCACAGCAGCACAGGCUGCAGUUUGGCUCCCAGCGAAGGCUCCAAUUCAGGGUCCGGCUCAGGGGGUCAGGCGGAGCCUGUGCCUUGCUUGGGUCGCAACACUUCAGUUGGGAGUGGGAGCCAUGGUCAUAAUAACUCAGAUAGUGGACGCUCCUCAUCCAGUAAAAGCACUGGCUCGGGGUCGUUGAGCGGACGCGGGCAGCCUUUGUUCGACAGCGGGUCUUGUGGCCACUCAACCCCCUCUGCAGAGGGAUAUGAAGUAGUGGUGAGGGAGCUGGAAGACAAGCUAAGGGAACGAGACCUGGAGCUCCAGCAGCUUCGCGAAAACCUGGAUGAGAAUGAAGCGGCCAUCUGCCAGGUGUACGAGGAGAAGCAGCGUCGAUGUGAAAGAGAGCUGGAAGAGCUGAGACAAACCUGUGCUGCUAAGAUGAAGCAGACCUCCCAAAAGGCGCAGAGAUCGCAGCAGGUGCUGCAGUUACAGGUAUUUCAACUACAGCAAGAGAAAAAGAAGUUGCAGGAGGACUUCUCCUCUCUGCUUCAGGACAGAGAGACACUGGAGAAGAGGUGUGCUACGAUUCAGAGGGAGCAGACGCAGCUGGGGCCACGCUUGGAGGAGACCAAGUGGGAGGUUUGUCAGAAGUCUGGUGAAAUCUCCCUCCUCAAGCAGCAGCUGAAGGAGAUCCAGUCUGAGCUCAGCCAGAAAGCUGGAGACAUCGUAGUCCUGAAGGCCCAACUGAGGGAGGCUCGCUCUGAGCUGCAAGCCAGCCAGGCUCGAAGCCAAGAGGCCCAGACCGCCCUCCGGACGAGAUCGCUUGAGCUGGAAGUGUGCGAGAACGAACUCCAGAGGCGGAAGAGUGAAGCCGAGCUGCUCCGGGAGAAAGUGAGAAGUUUGGAGGAGGAGUCAACCCGGCUUCGGGAAGGCCUAUCCAAUCACUGUGGACCUUAUCUACCUGGAAACAUGAAGGCUCACUGUAUGAGCCAUUCGCUACAAGGUAGAGGUGUGUUGGGAAGGGGGGGUCCCAGUCCCUCCAUGUAUCGGGAUGGAGAAGACUCUCAUCUUGUCUGGAGCGGAGAGAGCGAUGAAGCAAAGGCACAGAGACAGAACGCAGAGAUUGUGCUGGGACUCAGACAGCAGGUGGACAGACUGAAAGCUGAGCUCAUGUAUGAGAGAAGAGCUGGCGAGGAGCAGCUGUCACGGUUUGAAGAGGAGAGGAGGGUGUGGCAUGAAGAGAAGGAAAAGGUUAUCCGCUACCAAAAGCAGCUGCAGCAGAACUACAUCCACAUGUACCGUCGGAACCGCGAUCUGGAGCGAGUCAUGAGAGAGCUGAGUCUGGAGCUAGAGAACAGGGACGUGGAGGACUAUGAGGUCCACAGUGGCAGCAACGACAUCCACUUUGAAGAAAUCACUGCCACAGAAAUCUGAACACACACAGACACAAAAACACACUUCACCAAUACUUGGGCACAGAAACACGGAAGCCCAGCUCACAUGAGCCUCGGAACACCAAGCAUCGAUCUCAAAGCUAAAUCUGCACUAACUAGCUCCACCUGGUAGACGAGAGUGAGCUUGUCACCACUAUCACUGUCAAAAGGGACCUUUCCCAAAGGUGCAUUCUUUUCUUCCUGCUAACUGAUGUAUUCCAAUGAAAUCUUAAAAGGUGUCACUUUAAAUAUGUUUUUUACUACUAAAAAGCCAGCACAAGAUGAUGUGGAUGCAAAAGCAAAUUAAAGGUUGUUCGUUUUUCUCCAAAUCAGGGUAUGAAACCGGAUAGGAACCUACGUAUAUGUAUUCUUUAUACGGAACAAUCUGGUCAGUGUGCAUCUCCAAGCCUCUUGGUUUUAUUUAACAUAAAACAACUGACCACCAUCAUGCGUGCAAUCACGCAUCAUUAUAGCAAUCAAGUUAAGGUAUCCAAAUAGAUAACUGCUUCUCUUCUACCUUCAUUAAGGAUUGUUAGCAUAGGUUUCUUAUUCUACAAGCAGUAAAAUAUAUAUAUUUAUUAUUUGUUUGUUUAGAGGGAUUUAAAUGCAAAUUCUUAAAAAAAUGUAUAUUAAAAAAAUGAGCGUUUUGUCCCAAUUCUUGGGCAUAAUUGGUUGAAAAAAACAAAGAAAAACUGGCCAACAGGAGAAAAUAGGGCAUUUAUUUGCACAAACAUGUCUGGCCUCGUUUGUUUGGUUCUCAAUAACAUUUUUGGAGCAAAUUUAGACAUUCAAGAUUGAUAUUUUGAGUUAUAUUUUGAUAUAAACGAGGACAUUCUAUUCUGACAUUUCUUGAACCGCAUUGACACAGAAAGUAAACACACAUAGGAAACACACACCAUUUGAGUUUUUCACACCAUGUAGAUUGCGGUAAUUAAUCAGUUUGACUGCUUGUUCAGACUAUGUGGUGAGCUCUUGUGCAGAUAACACCAGGAUGUUGCUGAUUCCUUUUUUUUGGUCUUUGUUUUGCUUCUUUCUAAAACAACAAAAACAUUACUAUUUUUCCAAAAUCAUAUUCAUACUUGCCAUCUGGUUAUGACACCACAGCGAUUUUUAAGGCAUGCUUUUCAGAGUUGCCUCGUCCACUCUGCGUUGUCUUUUUGUGUAAUUGCCAUGCCAGGCUUGCAACCUAAAGCCAAAAACAAUUUAAAAUGUCUUCCUAGUCCUUGCAAGGCUACAUUCUAUGCUUCACUGACUGCUAUACAGGUAAUUAGACUGGCAUGUCUGCAUGUGUUUGUGUGAGAAACCUGAAGCUCUCUCAGGAAGGCUGAAAGUUUGCAGAAUAGGUCGGCUUCUAAAACUGAUGAAAAGCUUUUGGAAGAUGUGGGCUGCAGUGAGUCUUUACCUCACAGUAAACGCAGGGUUGUGUUUAACACUGAGUAUUGUAGAAGAGGGCUGCUGAGAACUUUUAUUAUGCAAAGAGCAUAUAUUGAAGAAAAAUUUAAUGGAAAUCUAUGUAAUAGAGGAAAUGUUGUAUAUUUUUUUAUAAAUAUUAUCUGAGGAUAUUUUGUUGUAGUACUGAUGUAACUGUGAGUUCAUGUAUAUCCCACCCUAUAGGUCAUUUGAUCAAUCAAUUACAAAUGGUGGUGUCGACUGAAUAAAGAUGCAAGAGCAAACUGUGUUAAAACAGCUAGUGAAUUUUGGCGUGAACCUUUGGGUUUCACAAAGUUUUUGGGGAGGUUAUCUCCAUAUUUUGAUUGGUCUUUCAUUUGAUUAUCAGUUCUUUUUCAUCAUAGAAAUUACACAUUAUAAUGGUCGCUUUUUCUCACAUAUUUCAUCUAAAAUAGCAUGAUGUGCCAUUUGUAAGGUUAGAGAUUGUAUGGGACCCAAUGCAAGAAAAUCCUGGAAAUCCACUAACAAGAUACCAAAACUACUUGAGGUUGCAUGACAAGACCACAUUCGCUGUGGUGACCUAUAGUUGAGAUUUAAAACCCCGAACUCCAUAUGACAUCAAACAGCAGAAUGUUUAGUUUGUCUAACCACCCUCACUUUAACCAGACCUAGACUGUUAUUACCAAAGAUGCUGGUUAGCAUCGACUACAGGUGUCGCUAAAUAAACUCAGUUAUCCACUCUUCCUCAUGUCUGGGUUCAUGUUUAGUUUCCUAAAGGGGUUUCUGUGUAAAUAUGUAAAACAGCACAGUAUAGCUGACAGACUUUGUCUUUUAUUUACACAAAACAUCUAUUUCCAACAUAGCCACUGUGACUAGACCAAAGCAACGUAACACGUUUUGUUUUCUUGUGGCAUUUUACAUCCUUUGGUUCUGUUCUUUUUUAUGUAUUUUAAUUACAUCUGUUUCAAUAAUUAAUAAUCAUGUAUAUUUUUAUGUGUACAUUUCUUGUAUAAAUGUUUUUAAUUAAAAGUAAGUUUUCACCU